GAAGCGGAUGGCUUUUGCCUGAGAGGAAAGGGAGUGGCUGGCGGCGCAUGCGCCGCGGUGGCCGACUUGAACCGAGGCUUUUAUUGCUGUAGUUUAUUUCCACCCCUUCCCUCCUGUUCUCUCUCUCUCUCUUUCUUUUUUUUCCGCCCUAGCUGGGGCUGUGUUGGAGCAGAGGAAGAAAGGGAGACAGAGGAUUGCAUUUAUCCCUUCCGUUCCUGAAAUCUGCUAUCAGCAAGACCAGCUAAGGGGUUGCAGCUUUUUCAAUCCUGCAAAAAAUACCAUCUCUUUCCUGGCAAUUUUUGCUUAAAAGCUGUCCUCUUGAAAUUAUUUUUUUCCCAGGAGAGAGAUGUCUUAUCAGGGGAAGAAAAAUAUUCCACGCAUCACGAGCGAUCGUCUUCUGAUCAAAGGAGGUAAAAUCGUUAAUGAUGACCAGUCAUUCUAUGCGGACAUAUACAUGGAAGAUGGGUUGAUCAAGCAAAUAGGGGAAAACCUGAUCGUGCCAGGAGGGGUGAAGACCAUCGAAGCCCAUUCUAGGAUGGUGAUCCCUGGAGGGAUUGAUGUCCAUACCCGCUUCCAGAUGCCUGACCAAGGAAUGACCUCCGCCGAUGACUUCUUUCAAGGCACGAAGGCAGCCCUGGCUGGGGGAACCACCAUGAUCAUUGACCAUGUCGUGCCCGAGCCCGGGACAAGCCUGCUGGCAGCCUUCGACCAAUGGAGGGAAUGGGCUGACAGCAAGUCCUGCUGUGACUACUCUCUGCACGUGGACAUCACUGAGUGGCAUAAGGGCAUCCAAGAGGAGAUGGAGGCCCUGGUGAAGGACCACGGGGUAAAUUCCUUCCUCGUGUAUAUGGCUUUCAAGGAUCGCUUCCAGCUAACUGAUUCCCAGAUCUAUGAAGUCCUGAGCGUGAUCCGGGAUAUCGGGGCGAUCGCGCAAGUCCACGCAGAAAACGGUGACAUCAUUGCAGAGGAACAGCAGAGGAUCCUGGAUCUGGGCAUCACGGGCCCCGAGGGACAUGUGCUGAGCCGGCCUGAGGAGGUCGAGGCCGAAGCCGUGAAUCGCUCGAUUACCAUCGCCAACCAGACCAACUGCCCCCUGUACGUCACCAAGGUGAUGAGCAAGAGCGCGGCCGAAGUCAUCGCCCAGGCCCGGAAAAAGGGAACCGUGGUGUAUGGUGAGCCCAUCACCGCCAGCCUGGGGACUGAUGGCUCCCACUACUGGAGCAAGAACUGGGCCAAGGCCGCUGCUUUUGUCACCUCCCCACCCCUGAGCCCUGACCCGACCACUCCGGACUUUCUGAACUCCUUGCUGUCCUGCGGAGAUCUGCAGGUCACUGGCAGUGCCCAUUGUACAUUCAACACUGCCCAGAAGGCUGUAGGAAAGGACAACUUCACCCUGAUCCCCGAAGGUACCAACGGCACCGAGGAACGAAUGUCCGUCAUCUGGGAUAAGGCUGUGGUCACUGGGAAGAUGGACGAGAACCAGUUUGUGGCUGUCACCAGCACCAAUGCAGCCAAAGUCUUCAACCUUUACCCUCGGAAAGGCCGCAUUGCUGUGGGAUCCGAUGCUGACCUGGUCAUCUGGGACCCCGACAGCGUUAAAACCAUCUCUGCCAAGACGCACAACAGUUCUCUCGAGUACAACAUCUUCGAGGGCAUGGAGUGCCGUGGCUCUCCACUGGUGGUCAUCAGCCAGGGGAAGAUCGUCCUGGAGGAUGGCACCCUUCAUGUCACUGAAGGCUCUGGGCGCUACAUCCCCCGGAAGCCCUUCCCUGAUUUUGUUUACAAGCGUAUCAAGGCGAGGAGCAGACUGGCAGAACUGAGAGGGGUUCCUCGUGGCCUUUACGACGGACCUGUGUGCGAGGUGUCUGUGACACCCAAGACAGUCACUCCGGCCUCCUCGGCUAAGACGUCUCCUGCCAAGCAGCAGGCCCCACCUGUCCGGAACCUGCACCAGUCUGGAUUCAGCUUGUCCGGUGCCCAGAUUGACGACAACAUUCCCCGCCGCACCACCCAGCGCAUCGUGGCUCCCCCUGGUGGCCGUGCCAACAUCACCAGCCUGGGCUAGAGGCCCGGGUCGCAGCCUGCUUGGGGACGGGGGAAUGGGACACCUGAGGACAUUCUGAGACUUCCUUCCUAACUUUUUUUUUUUUUU